AUUUCAUAGUUUCGUUCCAUCCUGAUACUUACAGCUCUUCGGAAUAAAUAUACGGCGCAACAAUGUCCGUCACACUACAUACCACCCACGGCGACCUCAAGGUCGAGCUCUUUUGCGAAGCCGUUCCCCAAACAGCACAAAACUUCCUCGCCCUCUGCGCGACCGGUGCAUACAACAACACCCCGUUCCACCGCUUAAUCCCUGGCUUCAUGAUCCAAGGCGGCGACAUCUCUCUCGGCGACGCAGCGCACUCCUCCCCCGAAACGUCAACAAAACCCGUCCUCCCCUUCGAAAUCCCCAAGUCCGGCACCUCGAUAUUCCAUCCCUCCGCGCUGAAUCAGGAAAUCAGUCUCCCCGCCCUCCGACACCAUACCCGCGGGAUGCUAUCUAUGGCAUCCCGGCCGGUGAAGGACCGAACAGCACCGGGGUUUCAGGGCGCGACUGGUACAACAAUCAAUGGAAGUCAGUUCUUUGUCACGCUUGCGGCCGCGCCGCAUUUGGAUGGGGCGAGUACGGUGUUUGGAAAGGUGUUGAACCUGACGGCGCAGGAUGAAGGCGGGGAUGUGUUGGCGAGGCUGGAGGGUGCUAAUGUGAAGAUUGAUAAGAAAGGGAGGGUUGUGCAGCCUAAAGAGGGACAGGAGGAGGAGCACGAGGCUUUGCGGAUUAAUAAGGUGACGAUUCAUGCGAAUCCGUUUGCUGGGUGAGCUGCUUUGAAGACCGAGGUUUACGUUAAUGAGGACGAAGUCGUCGGGAUAUAAUAUGACACGAUGGCAAGCUGGAGCAUGGUAUAGAAGACGCCAAUCUAACCUGCAGUGCCUUGCGGUCACCCUAGCGCUCUGUCAGCUGGGAUUACCUCUUAUUGAUGGGAAUCCCUUCAGCACGCCCAUAUCAAGACUCGAAUUACGGAUGGUCUACAGACGGUGGUUAGACAGAAGCCGACCAGGCCGCGGCUGCACGUCGUUGAAAUGAGCUUGCUUAACUAUGUAAAUAGACAAAUGUAUGUAUAUUCCUGCUAUACCAUCCUUGCUCAAUAUGUCCAAUUCAAAGUACUAUUGUGAUUGUAUCACUCUACACUUGUAUUAGGGACUAUACAAUGUAAGUAUAUAUGCAAAUCCGAGCUAUAAUACA